UAAGCAUGUAUUCCUUGUUGCAGUGUAAACUUUUUCGUUUUGAAUAGUUCCUCAACGUUAAAACAACCCGAAACGUUGCAUAUAAAGCUCGUGUCAAGGGUAGCUGCUUGUUUUCUAAGGCAUGAACUUUGACCGACUUUUUAGCUAGCCAGCUAGCAAACGCUGUACGAUGUGAGGUCGCAGGCAUUCAGACAGAAAUUAGAGAACCAUUUUUAUGUAUCAUAGCAGGUACCUCCAACCGUGCAAUGGUGCUUUCAGCUCGCUGUUUGCCCGGUAGUAUGAAUGCCUGUGUGAGAUAUAGCUGAAUUAGCUAAAUGUUUACAAAUUUAAAUUUAAAUUCACCAGCAUUUGCUGUGUCCUCAUUUAGAUGGAUUUAGCUAAUCAGUAAUGAAAUCAACUAGCUUUAGUGUAGUAGCCUGUCGUCAUCUUAAGUAAACUUUUACCCAUUCAGACUCAUUUGAUCUGUAGGCUACUCCUGUGGUUUCCUACAGUAGCUAUUCCGACAUAAGUGAAACCCUGCUUUUGUGCAGCAGAGAACCAGAAUUCGUUCAGGACAUGGCUCUGGCGGGCGUGCGGGUCAUCGAGCUGGCCGGGCUCGCCCCGGCGCCCUUCUGUGGGAUGGUCCUAGCGGACUUCGGGGCCCGGGUGAUCCGGGUGGACAGGACCAAAGUUGCCAUGGCGAUGGACAAGCAGGCCCGAGGGAAGCAGUCGGUGGCCCUGAACCUGAAGAAGCCGCAGGGCGUGGCCGUGCUCAAGCGGCUCUGCCUCCAGUCUGACGUCCUCAUCGAACCGUUCCGCACAGGAGUUAUGGAGAAACUGGGUUUGGGACCGGAUGAGCUGUUGCAGGAGAACCCGCGCCUGGUCUAUGCACGGCUCACUGGAUUUGGGCAGUGUGGAUCCUACGCCACAUCCGCUGGGCAUGAUAUCAACUUCCUAGCCAUGUCAGGCCUGCUGUCCAUGCUGGGGAGGCCGGCUGACGAUCCUCAGCCCCCCCUCAACCUGCUGGCGGACUUUGCGGGGGGCGGGCUGAUGUGUGCGCUCGGGAUCACGCUGGCCUUACUGGAGCGCCACGCGUCAGGGCGGGGCCAGGUCAUCGACGCCAGCAUGGUGGAGGGUGCGGCCUACAUGGGCUCGUUCGUGUGGAAGUCUCGCGCGAUUGGCCUGUGGAACCGGCCACGCGGCCAGAACAUGCUGGACGGCGGUGCGCCGUACUACGGAACCUACCUGACCGCCGACGGCAAGCACAUGGCCGUGGGCGCCGUGGAGCCGCAGUUCUACGACCAGCUCCUGCAAGGUCUGGGAUUGGACGCUGCCACGCUGCCGGCGCAGAUGAGCGUCUCUGAUUGGCCAGAGCUGCGGCGGGUGUUCACGCAGGCGUUCGGCAGCAGGACUCAGGCGGAGUGGUGCCGCGUGUUUGACGGGAUGGACGCCUGCGUCACCCCGGUGCUCCCUCUGGACCAGGCCCACUUGCACCCCCACAACCGGGACAGGGGCUCCUUCGUGCGGGACAGCCAGGGCGAGGUGAGCCCGCGGCCGGCCCCCGCCCUGUCCCGCACACCCGCCGCCCCCUCCCUGUCUCGGGACCCCUUCGUCGGGGAGCACACGCGGGCCGUGCUGGAGGAGUUCGGGUACGGGCCAGACGAGAUCCAGCAGCUGCUGGGCAGCGGGGCUGCGGAGUGCAACCAGGUCUCAGCUCACCUGUAGAGCGGGACGGGGUCAGCGGGGCGGGGGUCAGCGGGGCGGGGGGCAGCG